UUUUGGUUGGUGUUUAAAAUUUUACCCAGCAAAACCCCCAAUUCAUUCGACUUCUCUCUCUCGUCUCCUCUCCUGCGUCGCCGGCCGGUUGCUCGCGACUUUACUGCCCGACUUCUCGGUUGGAGGGUUCGUCCUGUAUCUCUCUCUGAGGUAUCUGAUCUCAAUUCUUCAAGUUUGCUUCCAAUUUUUGCUCUGUUUUUCUUUCGUGAUUCUUCUAUCUGCUAGAUAAUGGCUGAUAAAAUUGGUGUCGAAAACUUUCUUUUUUGGGGAAAGAUUGAAACUUUAGGGUACAAAUUCAGUUAACUUAUUUUACCAAAAAAUAGCCUUUUUGGGAAAUAUUGAUAUUUUAGGCUACGAAUUCAGUUCUUUGAUUUGGGUUUUGUGUUCAGGCAUGCCUUUGGCCAACCCGGAGAGUUGGGAUAAGGCAAUGUGUUAUCUUUUACUUGAAGAACGUUGACAAGGUUGUAAUGGGUAUCCGCCCAUGUUCAAAUCAUGUUUCGUUGAUUCGGGUUUUCUCCGAAACUCUCUGUUUCUUGUGGAGAAGGGGUAUUUUAGAGCGUAUUACGCCACUGCAUCUGCGCUGUUGACGACAGAUGCCCAUGUGUGUGAGGAAAACCCAUUGCCGGUUGAUGCCUAUGUGAUUCAGGAGAUUAAAGCUGUGAGAGAAAGGUCCAGCAUUUGGGGAAAGCGGAAACUUUAUCCAGUUGUUACCAGAGUGUUUAAAUCUUUGGAUUGGGAGGUUGCAUGGGACCUGAGGUUCUCCAGGUCUGUGAAGCAGUAUGGCUUUUCCAAUUCUUUAAGUGCAUUUAGUGUUAUUGUUCAUGUCUUUGCAUUGGCGGGGAUGAAAAUGGAAGUGCAGUCUUUGCUCAGUGAUAUUGUUUGCUAUUAUCGAGAUGCUAAGUAUGAUGCAUUUGGGUUGUUCCCAUAUUUAUUUGAUUCACCUCACAAUGGGGUGAGAACUCUUGUAUUUGAUGCCCUCAUUAUGACUUUUGCUGCCAACUCGAUGCUUGAGAAUGCUGUCGAUGUUUUUGUGCAGACCAAAAACAUGCAGCUUGAACCACACAUUGGGUCUUGUAAUUUUUUGCUCAAGUGUUUGGCUGAAGCAAACAAAUUGGAAUCUGUUAGAAGUUUAUUCGAAUGUUUAAGAAAGUAUGGUCCUUCACCUAAUGUUUACAGUUACACUAUUAUGAUGAACUUUUACUGCCAAGGACAUGAAGGGAAGGGUGUAGAUAUAGAUGAAGCGACUGACAUUCUUCAGGAAAUGGAGAAGAGUGGGAAACAACCAACUGUUGUGAUAUACACCAAAUAUAUUCAUGCACUUUGUAACGUUGGAUGGGUUGAGUUUGCUUUGGACUUUAUUCGGAACUUGAGAUGCAGAAAUCAACCUCUUAAUAGUUACUGUUAUAACGCCAUACUUUUUGGUUUUUGCCAAAAUGGCAAAACAUAUGAAGCUUUGAAGGUUUUGGAAGAAAUGAAGACGUAUGGGACACUACCAGAUGUUUAUUGCUAUACCAUUUUGAUAGAUGGACUUUGCAAGGAAGGAGAUAUUGAGAUUGCUCUCACUUUGUUUGAAGAAAUGGAGCAUUAUAAAAUUAAACCGUCUUUAGUUAGCUAUAGCUCACUGAUAUGUGGUCUUUGUAAGAUUGGGUUGGUGGAUGACUCACUGGAUAUUUUUCGUGAUCUUGUGGCUGAUGGGAUGCGCCCUGAUGCCAUCACUUGCACUCUCAUUGUUGAAGGGUACUGUAGGGAAGGACGCUUGAAGGAAGCCUUGAAAUUUAUGUAUGAGAUGCACAACCAAGGCAUAAACCUUAACUCAUAUACUUAUAAUGCAGUCAUCAAGAGUUUGUGCAAGGAAAGGCAACCCGAAAAAGCAUGGGAAUUUUUCCCUCAAAUGCUCAAGAGGAAUAUACAUCCAGAAGUUGCAAAUUAUAAUACUCUUAUGAAUGGUUUUGCAAAGAAGUUAAGUACAAAGAAGGCUUUGAUUGUGUAUAAAGGAAUGCUGAAAGUUGGUGUCACGCCCAAUGCAGUAACAUAUACGAUCCUUAUUAACACAUUCUGCAAUGGAGGCAAAAUGUGUGAAGCUUAUAACUUGUUCAAGGAAAUGAGUGAAAGGGGUUUGGUUGUGGAUGUCAUUUCUUACACGUCUCUAAUUGCUGGGUUUUAUAGAAUUGGAGACAUGAAGAAGGCAUGGGUGUUGUUCAAUGAAAUGUUGAGGAAUAACCAUUUGCCCAAUGCAAUUACUUAUACCUGUUUAAUAGAUGGGUUUUGCAAGUCCUUCCGCAUGGAUUGUGCCAGCUUCUUGUUUGACGAAAUGAAGAGAAAAAAUGUUAUUCCCGAUGCUGUGACUUACACUGUGCUCAUGAUUGGGUAUUUUAGACUUGGGAAUAUUGAUAGAGCAAUUCAGUUAUUUGGUGAAAUGAAGGAGAGGAGUAUUUCCCCAGAUGUUAUUGCCCAGGAAACUAUGGGGCUUUAUACGGGCACACUUACAAAAGAUGCAUAUUAGCAACUGUUUCUGAACCAGGGAAAGGAAUCAUAUGCCGAAAGAAUCUUAAAGGCAGGGCAAACCAUACAAGUUAGUGAUUUAAUGAGAAGCUUCCGUCAAAACAGUUUAUUUCCGCAAUUUGGGAUUCACUAAAUAAUGCCAUUUACAUAUGGGGAAGAUAGAAAAUGCUGUUUAGACUUGAACGAAACAUGGUGGUGUUAGGUUGCAGAUUCUUUGGAUGUGAUGACUGGCAGCUUUAAUCAUAUUUCUGAAGAAUAGACUGGUGCUCUAAAUCCUCUGAAGAUUCCAGCUUUACCCUGUAGUCAUCAAUGGCCUUCCGAUUGGCGUCGACCUGUGCUUUUGAGAUUCGAAAAAUGGGAAGAGAGGGAUGCAAAUAGCAUCAGUAUUGCAGUAGUUGGUUUCAGGUGGUUUUCGUCAGGUCUCAAAAGGGGAAGCAACCUUAGCAUUGUGGACAUAGGAUGGCACUGCAUUUACUUUUGGAGAACCAUCCUGGGUUUUGGAUACUGGAAGCAGACGCAGUUGGCGACCAGAGUAACUUGAAGCUCAAGGAAAAAGCUUCAAAUGGAGAGUGCAGAUUCCUUUCUGAGGCUACCAUUCGAAGAAAAGAUAAGCCUGAUUGGUCUUCCUCAUUUUUAACUGGUAACAUGAUUCAUCUCAUAGCUUUGAAAGUGUUGAAACUAGCAGGUCGUCUAGUUUUCAGUUGAUUUUAAAGACUGAUAAUGUGUUGACUUGGCUCUGAAUGGGCGUUUAAGAGGAGGUUUUCUUGAUA